AUGACGAAUGACGAAUAUGGCCGUCUAUUACGAAUGGGGCUAUAUGCGCUUAUUUUUUCUGAAUUCUUGCAUAAUACUAUAGUUUUUCUGUCUGGAAAUGCAUUAUCUUACAAUAUAGGAUGUAAGUCAAAGUGUGUAUUAAAAUCUUUCACGUAUCCUGAAGAUGCCAGUUAAUUCUGUUUCGGAAACGAAAAGAAGUGUUGAAAAGUCUAAAUUCCCACUAUCCUUAAACAGAAAUAAUGCAACACUUUUGAGCAGCGAAAAUAGAAGACCACAUAAAUUAAAAGAUACUUCUAGCUCUUUUAAAGUGUCCGAAGAGAAUAAAGAAAAUAAACCAGUGAAACGACCACUAAACGGCACUUAUCUUAAUACUUUGAAUGCUGCGAAGAAACUGAAACCAUUGACAGAAACUCCGAAACCUACCGAUUCUGAGCUGAUAGUUUUAGAGCAGUCGCCAGCCAGCUCUGCCAUGUUGAAUGGCCACCAUCCAACGGAUAAUCAGUAUGGAGGAGGCACACAAUGGAAGGCCCCAAUUGCCACUUUAUCAAACCUGGGAAACACAUGUUUUUUAAACAGUGUUUUAUAUACAUUGAGGUAUGCACCACGGUUUCUCCACAAUCUCCACCAUCUUGUAUCAGACCUGGCCAGUGUGGAACAGAAACUAGGCAGCAUAAGGUUAAAGAGCUCCUCCCUGGGUCGAAGUGCAGCUGGACUGGCUUCUUCUGGAGCUAGGUCAUGGAGCAGUAAGGACUUACUUUCACUUGGACAGUCGGACAAUAGUUCUGGAAAAAGUAAAAUUCAGAUAGCUACAGAGAAACUACAUGAGACCUACCUAAACCUCCGAGCAGCUGAAAGCAAGUGCUUAAACAGUGGCUCGGGUGAUGCUAGCCCUGAGCCUUACGCCGCUGAUGCCUUUCUCGCUGCACUUAGGGAUGUUAACUCUACAUUUGAGGGUAACAGGCAGCAAGACGCCCACGAACUUCUAGUAUGUAUAUUAGACAAUAUCAGAGAAACCUGUCGAGCGCUCAGUUCUCGUGCGUCACGUCUACAACUACAAGAAAAUGGUGAUAGUAAUGGUCUCGGUCGCCAGCCCACCAUAGAUGGUGACGCUGGCAAGCCAACACUUGGCAAUUUACGCAAAUCCUGGAAAAAACGGAAGGAAAUUAAAGCAAGUGAGAAGCGGCACUCACCUACAGAAGAACGAGCUCCAUCUCCUGCCGAUCCAGAAAGGGAAGAGCGCUCACGCCCUGGAUGGGACUUUGUAGCGGAUGACUUUGAAGGAACAAUGGUCGUGCGUACAAUGUGUGUAGAAUGUGAAGUAGUGACGGAAAAAUCUCAAGCUGUUUGUGAAUUGUGCGUGCCAGUGGGAGACGAUGAAGUGCCUAGUGAUGAACCAUUCCGAGCUGCAUGCCUCACUAGCGAGUACUUGCGUGAUCAGAAUAAGUACUGGUGUGAGCGCUGUUUACGCUACAACGAAGCGCGGCGCAGUGUCGCGUACUCACGACUGCCUCGUCUACUCGUGCUGCAACUGAAGCGCUUCAGCGGCGGCAUGGAGAAGAUCACUCGGCACGCGCCCACGCCACUGCUCAUGCCGUGCUUCUGCGAACCCUGCGCCAAGCGGCCUCCGGACCAGCAGCCAACACACAGGUACAUUCUUUGGGCAGUGAUAAUGCAUCUUGGACAGACAUUAACCGGAGGACAUUAUGUUGCAUACGCACGUGAUAGUUCGAACGGCGACUUUAAAUGCGAAAGAGAAGGAAGUGGGGACGCAACCACCACCAAUAGCAGUUCAAGUUUCAUGAGGACACUCUUCAACAGGCCAAGACCACCACCCAGCGGCUGCGCGGCUAAAGACUGUUGUGUGCCCAGACCACGACCAGAAGCGUGCUGGUUAGCCUGCGACGACGACAUAGUGAAACCUAUUUCCAACGAGGAGUUCGAAGAUUUACUAUCUGCGGAACCCAAAAUGCGUUCAGCAGCCACUCCAUACUUGCUUUUCUAUGUCAAAAGCGAAGUCGGCUAGUGACUAACAACAGCUCGCCAGAUAACUCUGUACAUGUUGUGUAGCCCGUCUCAAGUGCUCGAAAGAAUAAUCAUUUAACAGUGUAUAUUAAAUGGAAUAAUAUUUUUGGUAUAUUACCAAUCGGUUUCACAUUGAAAUUGGAAGUGUAAUGAUUAUGCCUCAGUUAUUACUAACAUAAUAUGAUCAAGAAUAUCUUGUUAUUUGACAUUAUUUAGAUGCUUAAAAAGACGUUUAUUUUGAACCAUAUAUCUGUGGACUUCAUUGGGUCGCUAUGGUUAGCCAACCAAAGUCACCUUUUGAAACAUAUUUUGUCAAGCUGCCGUGAUAAUGAAAUUGCGAAUAUAUAUUGUAGUGUCAGGCCGCUGUUACAAUAUCAUAAGUAAAUGAUCAUAGAUCUAGGAUUCAUAGAAAUAUGAUAAGCUAUAACGGUUUAGUUAAUUCAUUUGACCUACUAUAUCGUUGUUCAUUUUUAAUGUAUAUGAAAAUUCUAUGAUCACACAGUGAAAUAUGAUGUAUGAGUAAAAUUAAUUGACUGAUAGUUAUUGCAUAGUACAGACUAUGAUGACAGAUAUUGACAUAAUGUUUUUAUGAAGGCAAUAUGAUAAUGUUAUGGUGGCCUAACCUAAAUAUGUCAAAAAUUAUAUUAUAUUAUUGUGUAGUGUAUGUAAUUAAAGCUAUGGUUAAAUGUUACAGUCAGACAAUAUGAAGAGAAGACAAAUAUUUUUAAAUUCGACAGCACAUGUUUCUGUAAAUAUAAAUUAUAUGAUCCAUAAUAUUUACACAUGAAAUAGGGAAGAACAUUGUGAGAUAAAGAUACAAUAUCCAAGCAAUAUUGCAAAAAAUGCACGUGUACUAUAUUUAUAUUUUAUAUUUGGAUAUGGAUAUUAUUUCAAAAUUGCAACCCAUUUUUUUAAGUUACUCGUAAUAUUUAAUAAUAAAAAAUAGCAUAUGAUCUUGUUAUGUCCCAUUCAUCUUCAAAGUAUAUUAUGUAAAAUGUGUAAUAUAUAAAUAUCUACUGCUCUAAAAAUUUUGGCCUAAAAUGUUAUAAAUUAAUCGCUCUGUUGUAAGAUAUGAAAUCUCAUUAUGAGAUUGUACCUUAGCACAGAUAAUGUACUAUAGAUAAGGGCAAGCAUCAUAAGGCCCUUAAAUGUGUUCAUUCUUAAUAUUAUCAGAUUCAUUACAUGCACUUAUUUUCCCAUAACAGUUUCUUGGCCUUACUUCUCUGAAAGAAAAUAAUUAUAGUUCAAAGUUAGAACAAUAUAAUGAAAUUCUACAAAGAAAAUAUAUAGCAAAUGUAUCAGUAGUAUUACCACGAACAAAUGGAAAUGCAUGGCAUAAAAAAUGUAAGGAAAAAGUAUAUAACGUGUGUUUUAAUUAAUAGAAUUGGAUGUUAAUUUAUGGCAAAUCAUUAUUAAUGUCAGAAAAUGUUGAAAGAUACUCUUGCCUAAUAUGAUACAACUAGCAUAAGAAUAUUAAAGUCAUAUUCAUGGUAGCAUUUCCUUAGCGAGUUAUACUUUUGAUUAAUCACAUUGUUUAUCCAUCACAGUUACGAAAAUGAUGAUAUAUAAUUAAUAAAACCAAUACUUAAGCAUAGAGGGUUUAUUUCCCAUAUUAUUAUGAGAGCGCACAUGUAAUAAUUUUCUUUGUUUUGUAGAUAGCAACAUUUUCAUGUAUUUCAAGUCGAUAAUGAUACUAGUUGCUUGCUAUGACAACAUAUUAUGACUGCUUUCUUUAUACGAUUUUAAUACUAUAUUUCAUACGAAUUUGCUAUGUUUUAAGAACUUGCCUUCCUAUAAGCGACUAUUUUUAUACUCGCCGCAUCAAGUGUCUUAAUAGUUUCCAGUUACAGAGACCAGUGACCUUUUGUCUAUUUUUUAUUUAAAAGAGCCGAAUCUAUUUUAAUAUGAACGAACCAUAUAUUAUCACUUAGAAAAAAAAUGUUUGUUUUAUAAUUUACAAUAAUUGUUGGAUGUACUUGCAAUUUCAUUUAAGUAAGUAUAAUUGUGUGAACAUUCAUAAUAAUUUAUAUAAUGUAUAAAGCAUAGAGAAGCAGAUGAGAGUAAAUUUUUAGCCAUGAUUCAGUAGUCUGUAUAAUUACGACAAUAUUAGUUUGACGAUAGUGAUAUAGAUAUAAUACAAUACGGAAUGGCAAAGGCUGUAUGAGGAAGGCAAUAUUUUUCUUGCGUUUUUUAAGACUUCUUAUUUUCCGUUUCCUUAAACACUGUCGUCAGUCUAAUGUAAACAGAACAGUCAUUUUAAAGUCGCAAUUUAAAACAGUGUGUUUAUUUUAAUAUUCGCCUUUUAUUAGCUUGAUCUGUAUGUGUGUAUGAAUGUAAUGAAAUUAUUUAACCCAGUUUUAAUCCAAUUUCAGACGUCUGAAUAAUCUGGAAUUUUACAGGCAUACUAAGAAUCUAUGACAAUAAUAAUUUCGUGACUAAGACCUAGUAUUCUCAGUAGGAUCAUUUCAGCUGUUGGUUUAGGUUUUUAAACUCUAAUUCUACUUUCGUUAAUCACGGAGUGCUUUCCUUGUAUUGAAAUGCUGUAAAUUUGUUGCGGAUGCCAUUCCAAAGCCUUUAAAAAAGGUAAAAAUCUUGUCAGUAGUUGUACGAGUUUAUUUUAUUAUAUCGGACAAAAUGUUAUGAUUAUUUUAACUGUACAUUUAUUUGGAUUUGGAAAUUAAAAAUAAUUUCAAUGAUCGCAAUCGCUUUUAAUUUAAUCAUCUCUGCUUAUUGCUAAGUUUGUUAAAUACAAAAUUCAUUUGCGAGAUUUUUUACUGUAAUGAUAUGGUCCAUGUGAGGUGAAGUUCUUAAAGGAACUUAUAAAUUUGUGUAUUUAAGUUUCUUUUCUUUCAAUUGCUAUCUACACCUAUGUCAAAUUCUCACCACUCCAUGGGUUGACUGUCCGCCCUUUGUAUCCUUUAUUUGUAAGGGAAUGUAAUAAAGAUUUU